GAAUGAUUGUAAUUCCUUUUAUAAAAGCUGUAAAGUCUACCAAUGUGGUUGCUCAAGAUGAGGUUCAUAUUACUCACGAGGAUGCAGCAGCCAAUCUGGCCCAAGAUGAUGAGAUUAUUGCUCAAGAUGAGUCGAAAAUCAACGUUGCUGGGUUGAAUGUCAAUCUUACAAAAUCGAGCAAAAAGUUGAUAAAAGAGAUACAUGAUGUGCAUGGAAUCCAAACAAUGAAAUCGAAGGAAUUUUGGUCGCCAUUGUCCAUUGAAGCACCCUUUCGGCUUCUUUCAAAUAUCGAAAUACCACAUAAUGGAAAUCAGAAUGGUGGAACAUCUCGUGGUACGAUAACAGUGAUUUGUCUGAAGGAUGAUGUUUACUCCGCCUUGACAUGCGCACAUGUUGCUUGUGCCACUGACCACCAGCAAACAUUUCUUGACGGAGAGCGAGUGCUAUCAAUCAGCAAAGCUGUAGAAACCUUGAAUAAACACGAUGAAAACAAGUAUAUGUACACUCCGUCUAAGAGUGACUGUAAAGCAGAAAUUGGAUCUUCUCAUCGGCACACCUUUGCUCAGUUUGAUAGUGAAACAGACAUCAUGUCUAUCAUAAUUGGCAAGCAAGAAGAUUUCAAGAAACUUAUUGGUGAUGAAAUGGAAGAUGUUGUAUUGAACUUGGAUGAUGCAAAUUUAGAACUUCAACGCAGGGUUGAGGACAACAAGGAGGCUGUUAAAGUCCGCACAGCCACUGGUGUUGAGGGCUUCAUCAGUGAAUUGAAUUAUGAGUAUUGGUGUAAAAAUUCCCCACGUCGCAUUUUCCAGAAUGCUAUCAAGAUAAAAAGUUGUCAAACAUUUCUUGAUUCCGGUGAUUCUGGUACUCUUGUUUGGUUUUUGGAUGAAAAAGAAAAUUGGCAACCGUUUGCGUAUGGAGUUUGCGAAGUAUGUGAUGAUGGUGACAGCGGUUCAGAAAAAAGUUACAUCUGUCUGAAGUUGAACCACUGCUUAAAAGCUCUUGGUCUUCAGAAUGGUCGAUUUUUUAUACUUCGAGACAAUGGUCUUAGUGUAUCCAACAGUGCUAAAACCGACGAUGAUGAAGGAGGUGCAGCUAACAAAAAAGACUCUAAAGUGACAAUGAAAUAUCGAUGCAUUAAUUAUAAACGUCGACAAGAACCAGAUUCGAUUUCCCGUGUUCAUCAACAGCCACCGUCAGAAAAAGUAAAAAACAUGAAACUCUCGUCAAAUGUUAAUGGAAAGAAUCCAGUCACAUCAACUGGUGCUCGGUUGACAUCGGAAAUUACAGGAUAUGUAGGUACCGAUCACUUUCAAUUCUUCAAAAAAAAUUUUCUCACCGACGAUUUCAAAAUGAGCAGUGACGUGUAUAAGAAAUUGAAAAGCUUUGAUUGGUUUUGUGGACAAUGUGGAACAGCGGGUCCAACUGACCAGAUGCCAUAUCUUCACUUGUACAUUGUCGUUGAUUACGCUAACGGAAUAACUGAUCAUAAUAUGAAACAAGAAAUCAACGAGAAACUUGGUUGGCAUGCUUCAAAGUACAUCGAAUUCCGACCAAACGACCCGUUAAAGGUGUGGAAGGUUCGACCUCUAUCCAACAAGAGACUCGAAGUGGAACGCGAUGAUAUUCCUGACGUGCGAUCCAGUGGCACGUUGACAAUGUUCCGCAUGAAAGAUGGAAAACAAUACGCGUUGAGCUGUUUCCACGUUGGUUAUGAAAUUGGCCGGAUACGGAACGAUGACGUUAACCCGUUUUUGGCAAUUCAAGAUGAAAUUAAAAUAAACAGAAAUGCUACUCAGCGAUUUAUGGAAGAAAAUAAGUAUUUCCUCUCAGAUGAUGACGGAGUGGUUGGUAAUUUUUCCCAUUUUGAUUUUGGAUAUGAAACUGAUAUCAUGGCCAUCAAAGUUGAUGAAGUUAAAAUGGAAAAGACUUCAGAUGAAAUGGAGAACUAUUCUCAUGACGUGUUUUCGAGGCUUUAUCUUAGACAGCAUCGUGGUGAAAAAAGCAUUGUUCAAAAAGCUCAAGAAAUUUUUGGAAACAUUGAGGAUCUAAUGUUUAAUUUUGAUGACGACGACGGAAGACCCGUAUUUUGUAACGCAGUGUUGGUAAAAAGUGAUGUUGAGUUUCUAAUGGACGGAGAUUCGGGAUCUCUUGUGUAUUUUUGUGAUGAUGAAGACAACCAAAAACGACCUUUUGCAUAUGUUGUUGCUGAAUUGAGCGGGAAAGACCAAAACGGAAAAGUGGAGACGUUCUACAUUUGCUUGAGAUUAAAAGAUGCUUUGGAAGCAUUGAAACUUAUGGACAGUGAAGUCAUCAUUGGUGUUUUGCCUUCCACAUCAAAACCUGAUGCAGAUGAUAAUUUGGAUGAACACUUUUGGAUGAACACAAGCUUUUCAGAAGAAGAGGGAAAACAACGUUUGGAAGUUCAAGAAUUGUUGCGUCAACCAUGGAAAUGUUUUGAUAAAUCAAUAAUGCAUCAGAAAAAGUUUAAAAGGAUGGAAGAAUAUGGACGCGAACAUCCAGAAAAAGUUACAUUGCUCAGUGAAUUGCGUGUAAUUUUCAAGGAGGAGUUUUUGCUUGGCAAAGGAAGUGAUGGAACCCGUGUUUACCUUGCCCUAGGAAACAAUGGUUACGGAAAAGCAGUAAAGCGAAUACACAAAGAUAGCGGCAAAGACUUAGCUAAUCGAGAAAAAGAAAUUUUGAAUGAGUUUAAUGCAAAGCGAUCAAAUUAUGUUGUGAAUAUUUGGCAUUUAGAAGAGAACCUUGACGAAGAGUAUUUCUACAUGGUAUUGGAUUUGUGUGAAGAAUCGUUAGAGAAUUAUGUGGAAUCUUCUUCUUUGCAAGAUCUUGAAAAAGUCGUUCCUAAAGUUCUUAUUCAGAUCUUAAAUGGUCUGGUUCACCUUCACAGUGGUCCGUGUCCUAUUCUUCAUCGGGAUUUAAGACCAUCAAACGUUCUUCGAGAUGUGGAUGGAAAUUUUUUAAUCGCUGACUUUGGUAUAAGUCGAAAAAUAUUAAAUGAAACUUCGACACAUCGAAGCAUACAAAGAGGAGCUAAAGGUUGGAUAGCUCCAGAGUCAUAUAACGCAUCAGAUGAUACAAUUAAUAAAGUUCGUUACAAAAAAGAGUCUGACAUUAUGAAUGCAGGAAUGGUGGCUUAUUAUGUUGCAACAAAGGGAAAACAUCCUUUUGGACAUGAACGGCAUAGACUGGACAACAAUUUGGAUGGAAACCCAGUUGGAUUGGGGGAAAUCAAGAAUGCCACGUUCAAAGACCUUUUAUCGUGGAUGCUACAGUUAAAACCUGAAGACAGGCCAUCUGCCAAUGAGGCGUUAAAACACCCUUAUCUACAAUCAGACGAAGAGAAAUUUAACAUGCUGUGUGAUAUGGGGAACCAACUGGAGGUGAAACAUUCACAAGGUCAAAAUUCUCCCACUUCAGACGUUCAUAAGCAGUUGCAUGGUUCCACGGAAUGGAUGAAGCGUAUCGAUGAUGAGGUCGUCAAAGAUUUGAUCAACUUUGAAGUAAACGACAGUAUAAGAACUCUAAAGUACGAGUCUACAUGGGCAGGAUGCUUAAGAUUUAUACGAAAUGUUGACCAACAUUGGCAAAAUAAACCUCCUCCUUAUCUAUCACAAUAUGUAAAGCAAGGCAAUUAUAAAAAGUAUUUCCUGCAACGUUUUCCUGAACUUCCUCUUCUGGUGCACAAAGUCAUUAGGUCUACUCACAGGAAAACUAAACCUGAUCGCAAGAAUAAUUAAGAACAUCGUGCAUUUGUUCAUGAUUUGUUUACACUAUCUUCUCAUAAGUUUUAUUGCCUCGCUUUUAAAUUUAAUGACUUUUCAUUUAAACAUUUUCUUACUCGAUACUGGUGUCUUAUAAUUAAUUAUGUAAUAUAUACUGUGAAAAAUUUUAAUCUCCGCAAAUGGAUAUGAUUACUUAAAAUAUUUAUAAUGGGACUGAAAAUAUUACUAAUUCGAAUGUAUCCCUCGCAAAACAUGGCAUUCGUCUUGUUAAAUGAAUUAAAAUUGUAUGUUCGUCAUUCGUAUUUUGUUAAAUAUAUGCAUGGUUGCGACUCAAAAUUAUUUAGAUUUUUGAGCGUUGGAGAUUCUCAUCGCAGAAUACAGAGAGGAGUUAAGAAUUGGAUAACUCCAGUCAUAUGAUCUAUCCAAUCAUCCAUGUAUCUUGCUACAAGAAACAGUCUGAUGUUAUGAUAAGUGUUCGUUGUGGACAUUUAAAUGUAGUUGAAUUUUGCAAAUAGCAAAUAAAAUCAAUUUUUGACGUUUCAGUAUCCACCGCCACUAA